AUGUUUGUGAUGUGUGCUCCUUCUACGUCGACAGUGGAGGAGGUGCCAAGUUCGGAGGAAUCUACCAACUACACUUCAGAAAAUGCAUCCAAGACCAACACGCUACAGAGGAGCCGUAUCUCCACGUCGGCUCUCGACUUCUCCACUCUACUACGCCUUCCACGGUAUCUACAGACGGCGAUGAUCUUUUGUCUACUAAUCACAACUACCGUAUCUAGGAGUGCGGGUAGGUCAUUUUGUGAAUACCGUGUAAUUUGGGAGUUGUUUGAGUAGAUCGUUUUACGUAGAUGGCUGAAUCAAAGCUCAGAAGGAAGCCGGUGAAAGGGGGCAUUUGCGUGAAUGUUGUGAAUUGAAUACGCUCAUUAAAUGUGUUGUGACAUCCGAGUUGUAGGUGGAUGUAAAAAUACAUUCCCGAAGUAAGAGUAGAAAAAACAGUAAGAUAUUUACAACUUCCUGCAUUUGUCACCCGGAAAUAAAAGCAAAAUCCCCUAAGGGCAAGCAAGUGCCGAGAAUUAUGUCAUCAUGACCAUCUGGUCAUCGUGAUGUCUAAUUCCGUUUGUUGUGCCAUUUACAUGUAUAUAGAUAUGUUUUCAUAAACAAUCCCCCCGGGAAUCAGGAGGAACAAGGAAGAAGGGAUGAUGUGGGCCCACUUCUAUUCUCGCUCCUUUCAACACCUUUCCUGUAAUUUUGCCACCACCCACGUCAGGACUGUUCCUUGAGCAUGAAAAUCGGUUUGAACCGCUAUUUUUAACAUAGAAACAGUAGGAGUGCAACAGAGCACCUUUUAUAACUUUGGCAUUAGUGAUCAAAAUGAAAAAAGUUUGGGAUAUUAAACAAAAAGUUAUUUAUAAGCUUGAAACUGAUUUACCACAGUUGAAAAAAACAUCACUUCUGUCACAAAACUAAAUACAUCAAGUUCUUGUCGUCAAAAACAUAAAGCUCAGUCAAAACAAAACUGACAAAGACAACAUCAUAGCAAUCAAGACUAUCGUGUUUAAUAAGCAGAGUCCCCAGGGGCCGACUCGUUAGGCAACCCACCUUCUUACGUGACAUAUUAAACUUGAAUCAUUUCAGUCACAGCCAAAUGCUACUUCUUCGGGCCCGGAACAACGAUUUCUGGCUCUGACUAUCGCCGUGAGUACGGUAUCACGCGGAAGGAAUGUGCAGAGAGCUGUAAACAUGAUGUUUGUUGUAUGGGAUUCGAGUUUGUGGAGGGUCAGUGCACAUUAAAGAGCAAGUCCUUGAACGGCACUAUAACCCCACUACCGAACGCCUUCUUCGGCCUGUGUUUGGACUUUGGUAAGCUCUUGUACAAUUUAAACUGCUUUUAUUACUAAAAGCAAUAACAAUAUAAGCAAAAGUAGAUUUUUUACGCAAAAUCAGUUGAAAAUCUCUUCAAAAUUGGCUGUAAUGUGUCAGUACCUUAACUUGGAGCUUAUUUUCACUUUGAAUUAAGCUCAAUUUCAAAACUUGCUAAUUUCAAAAAAUGUAAAUUCCAAAACUGCAAAAACCCGAACCGCCCACACUUUCAAAGACGUUUUAUCUCCCCCGGGGCCCCCAUGUUUCGUGCUGUAAUUUUAUAUUAGCUACAGUAAUUUUCGUAACAACUUAAUUGAAACUUCGAAAGCACAUUUCAAUUCGAAAUUGGUUCGCGCGAGAUCAAGCCGAGACCGGUCUGUCGAAAAGUUUGCUCGUUCGACUGGAAAAAACAAUCAAACUUUUAAAGAUUCUGUCUUACGAACAAUUUUGUUACACUUUUGUCGCACCGAAAUCGUGUUAAAAAUCCGGAGAGUGCUUUAUCCGUUUUAGGCAAGAAAUGCAAAUUUUACAAAAAAAUAAUUGAAUUUUUAUAUUAACAAGCCAAGUUCAAGAUAAGCAUCACUCACUGUUUUGACAAAACUCUUAAAUUUUUUCAGACAUUAUACAUCUAAAACAUCAUAAUUCUUGUAUAUUACACACCUUUAUUAAAAGAAGUUGCCGCUUCGCUGCACAAAAUGACAUUAUAUGUUAGUUCGGUUGAGUUACAUUAAUGUAAACAUUUCAGAUGACGAAGACCGUGAUCGCUUUUGGGACCACGAACUCGGUGGAAAGCUUCUGUCCAGCAAACCUGACAUAAGCAAGGAAAGUUGUAUAGAGUUCUGCGGCUACCAGGAAGAUGCUAUCAUCUACUCGUGGAAGACCCACGAUGAACUGGAUCCAGAAGGCCAAGGUCACUGUGAAUGUCUGAGUGUGCUGCAUUCGAUACGACUAAGCUUCGGCUCGACGUCAGGAUUCUUAGUGUAA